AUGAGGUCUCGGGAUGAAGCUGUGGCUGAAGUUCCCGCCGAGCCCAGGCUGGGCCGAGGGAAGCUCCCAUACCCAACACCCAGCCGGACCCCGGACGCCCAGGCCCAGCGCGCGGGCUGGCCACAAACUCCAGAGCGCCAAGGCGACCCCGACGGGCACCGCCAGGGCUCCCUGAGCACCCGGCCAGGCCCUCCCGGGGGCGGCCGGCCCCAGCCUGGAGAGGCAGGCAGUGUGCGGGGCUCCGGGCCCGCGCGCACCCUCCACAGCGGGCGCCGCGCCCGGACAGUAAGGGCGCUCAAGGACAGGCCGGGGCGCGGCGGGGGCGGCGGCGACUCCAGCCGGCUUCCCGCUCCCAGCCCUGCACUCCAAAGCCGCGCGGGGCCGGCUCUGAGGGCCACCCACGCCCCGCGCGGCCUGUGGGGGACAGCCGUGCCCCCCACAACCGCGAGCCGCGCGGGGGCCCUGCCGCUGCGCCCUCCCCGGCACCUCCCCCGGCCCGGCGCACCGGACUCACCUCCGCAACCGGGCGGCGCCGCCUCAGCCCCCGCGGCCCGGGAGGCGCGGCCCUGGCGCCGGGCCCGCUCGUCGCCGUCAGCCGGGGCCACAGCUCGCGCAUCAGCUGCCCCGCCGCCGGCGGCCUCCCGCGCCCCGCCCCGGCCCCGGCCCGCGUCCGGCGCCCGCCUCACGCCGCCUCCGUAG